UUACAACCAUCAAGGUUCCGGACAUAAAAUAAACUCUUGCCAUCACAAUGACAGACAAGGAACCUACCCCUGCCGCAGAGGCAGCUGCCCGCGCAAAGGAGGCGGCCGAGCAGGCAGCUCUCCCGUACAAGUGGGCGCAAACCAUUGGUGACAUCGACGUCACCAUCAAGCUGGGUGAGGGUUCUGAGAAGUAUAAGGGCAAGGACUUGAAGGUCGAGAUCAAAAAGCAACACUUGACUGCCGGGGUCAAGGGCUCCGAUCCUAUCAUUGAUGGCGACCUCCCGCACGCCGUCCGCGUAGACGAAUCCACCUGGACGCUGACGACCAACCCGGACGGCACCAAGAACCUCGAGGUGCACCUGGACAAGGUCAACAAGAUGGAGUGGUGGCCGCACGUCGUCACGGACGCGCCCAAGAUUGACGUCACCAAGAUCAACCCCGAGAACUCGAAGCUGUCGGACCUGGACGGGGAGACGCGCGGCAUGGUCGAGAAGAUGAUGUACGACCAGCGCCAAAAGGAGCUCGGCAAGCCGUCAUCGGACGAGCAGAAGAAGCUGGACCUGCUGGCAAAGUUCCAAAAGGAGCACCCAGAGAUGGACUUUAGCAAUGCAAAGAUAAACUGAUCAUUGGGUUUCCUUCUUUGUCCGGUUUUUUUCUGACGUAGUUCAAAGCGACGAAGACCACGAUUUAAUGACUGAUAAAAUAUGCGCGGGCCUCAAGGCUAUUUGGUUUGGUUUGGGUUGUUUUUGUCUAAUUACACUGCGUCUGGUACAUGUAUACAUACAGUGAGGGUAUGAAAUCUAUACUCGACCCAAUCUCGCCGCCUUGAAUCGGCUCAUCUUCUUGGGUCCACCCUCGCUCUCAUCCAGCGGUU